AUGGAGUUCCGACACGGAGCGGCUCUGGAGGAGCUGUGCCCAGUGUGUGGAGAUAAGGUCUCUGGUUACCACUACGGGCUGCUCACCUGUGAGAGCUGCAAGGGCUUCUUCAAAAGAACCGUCCAGAACAACAAGAAGUACGCCUGUGCAGAGAGCCGGGAGUGCUGCAUCGAUGUCCCUCAAAGGAAGCGCUGUCCGUUCUGCAGAUUUCAAAAGUGUCUGCAUGUGGGCAUGCGACUGGAAGCUGUUCGUGCAGAUCGAAUACGAGGUGGCAGGAACAAGUUCGGCCCGAUGUACAAGCGCGAUCGUGCCCUGAAGCAGCAGAGAGAGGCUCUGAUUCAAGCUAGUGGAUUCAGAAUAGACAGCAGUCCACCCAUGGGCUCCUCAACCCAGCAAAGAGACUUGACCUUUACCGCUGACCUUCAUUCAGUUCCCGUCCUUCACUGCACCCCACUACACACCGCACAGAACCACCGUAUCAGCUACCAGCACCCAUCCCUGUGCUCUCUCCUGCCACCCGACUCAGCCGGCGUCAACCAGUACCAGUGUGCCUCCUCCUCAAACUGGACCAUCAAGUCAGAGCACGCCAACUCCGCUGCAGUAAUUUACUCCAGACCUCUCUCUCCACGUGGUCCAAGGAUGCCACAGCUGGUGAUUGAGUUUGUGCGCUGCGAUCCUGACGAGCUCCAGCUGCAGAAUAAGAUCGCUGCUCGCCUCCUGCAGGAGCACACAGGCUGGGAAAAACACAGCGACCCCAGCAACCUGUGUCUGAUGUGCCACAUGGCCGACCAGACACUGUUCUCCAUCGUGGAGUGGGCUCGCACCUCCAUCUUCUUCAAACAGCUUAAGGUGAAUGACCAGAUGAAGUUGCUGCACAGCUGCUGGAGUGACCUGUUGCUCCUGGACAUCAUCUCCAGACAGGUCCUGUAUGGCAAAGAAGGCAGCCUGCUCCUGGUCACUGGGCAGGAGAUGGAGCUGUCAGACGUAGCCUCCCAUGCUGGUCUCACUGUGGCCAGCCUAGUACAGAGAGGACUGGAGCUGGUUGAGAAGCUCCACAUCAUAAAGGUGGACCGCCAAGAGUUUGCCUGCAUCAAGUUCAUCAUCCUCUUUAACCCAGAUGUGAAGCAGCUUGAGGACCAUCAGUUCAUAGAGAGUGUGCAGGAGCAGGCUGAAGGAGCCCUGCUGGAGUACACGCUGUGCUCCUCUUCUCACCUUCUCGGACGCUUUGCUCAUCUGCUGCUUUGUCUGUCUGAGCUACGCUCGCUCAGCGCCCUCGCUGAAGACUACCUGUACUGCAAACACCUGAGCGGUGAGGUGCCGUGCAACAACCUGCUCAUGGAGAUGCUCCAUGCCAAGCGCAGCUGGGCAUGA